AUGACAAUACCUCUUCGAAAAGUUCAUCCUUUAUUCAAAAUCGUAAAUAAUUCUUUAAUUGAUAUACCUCUUCCUUCAAAUAUUUCUACUUUCUGAAAUUUUGGAUCUCUUCUAGGUUUAUGUUUAAUUAUUCAAAUCGCCACAGGUCUGUUUUUAGCAAUGCACUAUACUGCCCAUAUUGACUUAGCAUUCUCUAGAGUAGCACAUAUCUGUCGAGACGUAAAUUAUGGGUGACUCCUUCGUACAAUACAUGCUAAUGGGGCCUCUUUUUUUUUUAUUUGUCUUUAUAUUCAUAUUGGCCGAGGUAUUUAUUAUGGAUCUUAUAUAACUUUCCAUGCUUGAAUAGUAGGAGUAGUAAUUUUAUUUAUAGUCAUAGCAACAGCUUUUCUAGGCUAUGUUCUCCCAUGGGGACAAAUAUCAUUCUGAGGUGCUACUGUGAUUACUAACCUCUUUUCAGCUAUCCCGUAUAUUGGAACAGAUCUUGUCCAAUGAAUCUGAGGAGGCUUUUCAGUUGAUAACGCCACAUUAACUCGCUUUUUCACUUUUCAUUUUGUCCUUCCCUUUAUCAUUGCAGCAAUAACUAUUAUCCAUAUUUUUUUCCUACAUCAAUCCGGUGCUAAUAACCCUCUAGGUGUUUCAAGACAAUUAGAUAAAGUUCCUUUUCAUCCUUAUUUCACAUUUAAAGAUAUUGUAGGAUUUAUUGUUAUAUUUACACUUCUAUUAAUUUUAUCUCUUCUUAAUCCAUACCUAUUAGGUGACCCUGAUAAUUUUAUUAGAGCCAAUCCACUAGUUACUCCUGCCCAUAUUCAACCAGAAUGAUAUUUUUUAUUUGCUUAUGCAAUCCUACGAUCAAUCCCAAAUAAGCUUGGAGGAGUAAUCGCCCUAGUUGCUUCGGUAGCAAUUAUUAUAAUUCUACCUUUUACCCAUACUUCAAAUUUCCGAAGUCUAACAUUUUAUCCUUUAAAUCAAAUUAUAUUUUGAGUUUUAGUUUCAGUACUAAUUCUUCUUACUUGAAUUGGAGCUCGACCUGUAGAAGAACCUUAUGUUAUUACAGGUCAAAUUUUAACUAUUACUUAUUUUUCUCUAUUUAUUAUUAAUCCAUUAUUACUUAUAAGCUGAGAUAAAAUAUUAAAAU